UUUUAAAUUCGUUUCCUGGGUUUUUUAUUUCUUGAGCUGAGAUGGAUUGUGGUAUGGAGAAUUGUAAUGGUGGAAUCUCAAACGGUGACGUUUUGGGUAUCUCUUCGACGAAGCGUGAGAAGCUCAUUAUCGAUACAGACCCAGGAAUCGAUGAUACCAUGGCGAUAAUGAUGGCGUUUCAAACACCGGAGCUGGAGAUUUUAGGACUGACUACUGUGUUUGGUAAUGUUUCUACACAAGAUGCUACUCGCAACGCUUUACUCUUGUGUGAGAUUGCUGGCUUCCCUGAUGUUCCCGUCGCAGAAGGAAGUUCUGAACCUUUAAAGGGUGGAAUUCCGCGUGUUGCUGAUUUUGUCCAUGGUAAAAAUGGCCUAGGAGAUGUCUCUCUUCCUCCUCCGACUAGAAAGAAAUGUGAGAAAAGUGCAGCUGAGUUUCUAGAUGAGAAGGUCUCAGAAUAUCCGGGGGAAGUCACCAUUCUCGCCCUCGGACCUCUAACCAACCUGGCAUUAGCCAUCAAACGCGAUAGUUCAUUUGCGAGUAAGGUGAAGAAAAUUGUUAUUCUCGGUGGAGCUUUCUUUUCUUUGGGAAAUGUCAAUCCUGCAGCUGAGGCUAAUAUAUAUGGUGACCCGGAAGCAGCUGAUGUCGUGUUCACAUCUGGAGCGGAUAUCACUGUUGUUGGUAUAAACAUCACAACCCAACUUAAACUAUCAGAUGAUGACCUCUUAGAGCUGAGUAACUGCAAGGGGAAACACUCUAAAUUGAUAAGUGAUAUGUGCAAAUUCUAUAGAGAUUGGCACGUCAAAUCUGAUGGUGUUUACGGAGUGUACCUCCAUGACCCAGUCAGCUUUGUGGCUGUAGUACGUCCUGAUCUAUUCACAUAUAAGAAAGGCGUUGUUCGGGUAGAAACUCAAGGAAUAUGCGUUGGCCACACUCUCAUGGAUCAAGGCCUCAAGAGAUGGAACGGAAGCAAUCCAUGGGUGGGAUAUUCACCAAUAUCAGUGGCAUGGACGGUGGACGUAGAAGGAGUGUUGGAAUAUGUCAAAGCAAAGCUGAUGAAGCCAUAAAAGAUGAGUUUCAGUCAGAGAACACGUUAGAAUGUGAAUAUUCAUUUGAAAUGGCAUCAUCACAUUCAUCUAUUCUGGUUCUAACCGGAAUCUCAAUUUCAUCUCUGUAUUUUAUCUCAGCAAGAUCAUAUUACAAAUUAUGAAAUUUCUCGGAUCAAUGAAUAUUAAUGGAUUUA